AUGCACAUGCCGACUGCUGGUGGUUUUAAGUAUCUUGUUCAAGGUCGCUGUUUGGUAUUGCACUACCCUGAAUUCCAAAUGCUGCAAUAUGAAACAAGCUCAGCCCUUGCCAACUGGAUCUUCGAGGAUAUCCUAUGCCAAUGGGGAACAUUAGUAGAGAUCGUCUCCGACAAUAGACCAGCAUUCAUCAAGGCACUCGACCAGUUAGCAAAAAAGUACCAUGUUUGGCACAUCCGUAUUUUGGGCUACAAUUCCUGCACAAAUGGCAUUGCUGAACGACCUCACUUCGAUGUUCGGCAGGCUCUGUUCAAAGCCAUUGAUGGAGAUCAGGCCAAGUGGAAUCCAACUGGAACCCAUCCCCUCCUUCCCCUUGACAUCACCGAAGCCACCUACCUCCUGCCACUACCGACCACAAUCCUCAGGACCACCAACCUCAUCGCCCAAUGGGCCAUUGCCUUGCAGAAACACUGA